ACUGCUCGCAGCUAGCUAAACAAAACAACGACAACAUUACCCUACGGUACGGUACUUCCGGGGAAAAGGGCCGAGUACAGUUCAAAGGCGGACAAUCAUAGUUCAUAUUUUUGCUGUAGGCAGUGAGAAGGAUGCAGUCCAGGAAGUUUCGAGACCCUCCUAAGGUGACAGGACUGUCCCCCAAGGAGGGCCCACCAGGAACCAAACUCACCAUCAGAGGUGAAAACCUAGGGAUCAAUGAAAAGGACGUCUUCAGUAUCAUAGUAUGUGGAGUCAACAUCACACUCCUAGCCGAAUGGAUCUCACCCAGUAAGAUUAUCUGUAGAACAACCAAUUGUAAAGGCCCUGGUGAUGUCAUAGUAUCCACCAAGUCCGGAGGCAUCGGCACUUCCACGGUCAAGUUCAGAGGACUCCAAUUCUUACCAAAUCCCCUUCAAGAUUCAGCCAUUUGGGUUGAUGAAUCAUCAUUGUUUGAGAGAAGACUAAACAGCAUAAGUCGACCAUCAUCACCCCUUCAAUCAGGAAGAGAAGAUCCUCUGGGUCUACCCAUGGAACACACUCCGCAACUUUCUGAUGAAGAAGCUCACCAAAUGUUUCCUAAAGGGAGUAGCAACUUAGCACACAGGAAUUUUGAACCAGCUCUAUAUCUCAUUGAAAGUCACAGUAGUACCAGCUUUGGAGAUCUUAAGAAAGGUUUGGAGCAUUUGAAGAGACAGUCAUCGGGUCUGAAGACUGAAGGACCACAGACAUUCAUCAAAUCAAACCUGGGUACCUUCAUGAAUUGUCAGGACAUUCUAGCAACUAUUCAUGGAGACCUGUGUAGGCAUGAGAACAUAGGCGAUCGGUUGAAAGCAUCCCCCGGGGAGGAAUCUAUCGAGGUAGACGGAGGAGAUGAAGGGAAGGAAGAGGAUGAGAUGGAGAUGAACGGAGAGGGAGAUGGAGGCCAAGAGAAGGCUGUCACUCUGCAGAAGAUUGAGGACUUGCUUAUCAAGGGCAAUGAGAACGCUCAGAAGAUAUUCCAGAGUGUGUUACAUCGUAAAGACCGAGCAGACUCCACCAGGAAUGCCCUCAACGUUCUCAAUAGAUUCAAGUUUCUCUUUCAUCUUCCAAUCACAAUUGAGAGAAACAUCAAGAAGGGAGACUAUGAAGUUGUUAUCAAUGAUUAUGAGAGAGCUCGACAGCUAUUCUCUAAUACACAGGUAUCAACUUUUAAGAAAGUGUAUGAUGAAGUUGAGAAUAGGAUACGUGAAUUACAGGUCCAGCUGCAUGAAAAACUCAUGGAACUUCCAACACCUUUAGACGAACAGAAGAGGCUCAUAAGGUACCUGGUAGAGCUAGGUGGUCCAGGAGAUCCAGCCUGGGAGUGUAUCGUCAAUGAACACAAGUGGAUCCAAGAUAUACUAGCAGGAUGCAAGGAUCAACAUAUCCAGAUAGAUCAAAAAGGAUGUGAGAUUGUUGAGCCACCGAGUCAUGCCUCUAAGGUCAGAGGUCAUCGAAGAAACUUUUCUGGGUCUGGUAUUCAAGUCAAAUUUACAUCUGAUGCAAACAUGGAUGGCAAGUUUUCACCCCCUCAGCAAGUGUUGUUCUUAGAAGAGCUAGCCGAUAACCUUCUAUCGACCUUCCCCAACCUCUGGAGGCUUGGUCAAUCCUAUUUCAAUGCAUCUGUUGUAUCAGAGGCUGGAGGCAAGUCUAUGACUGUGGACUCGUCGAAGGAAGCUUCAUUCACUGCCAUGAUGACAAAGAUCACUACUUACUUUGCGGACCUUGUGAGGGCGGCAUUCCUUCCGGAAUCACUUGAGAAGAAGAAUGAGAAAGAGAGAGCUAAACUAGGAGAGUGGGGUGAUAGCAAGAAUGAAGUAGGGGCAGGUGCAUGGCUUCCUCAGUGUGUUCGAUCCAUCAGGUCUGUUCUAAGUACCUUGGUGAAUCUUGAAGUACCAACCCCACUUCUUGAAGUCCUGCACUCAUUACUGGCUGAACUUAGAGUCCACUGUAUGGUCACUCUCUUCAAAGAGGCCACAGAAGAUAUCAAGGCUCUUCAUGGCCGUGAGACCUGGGUGCUUCAGAUGGAUGAACAUGGAGGCAUCACAACUUUGCCUACUCUAUUUGAGAGUAUAGUAGUAGACACAUUACAGCAUCUCAAGGAAGUGAUCAGCUGUAAUAGCUCCAGUGAAAAGAAGAUCUUUGAUAACAGACAUGUAGAGAGACAGACUGUUGAUUUAUCUUCUGAUAUGCUCAUGGCAUUUGCGUCAUGUCUUGAACAGUUAGCUUUUCUGGGAGAUGAUGGAGACAUGCAGAAAUUAAGAUUAUCUGAGGCAGCAAUGAGAACUCCUGAAUCUCUAUUCCAGUCUCCAGAGGACAGUAUCCCAUCCAUGGAACAGUGUUUGGUAAUUGUACUGAGUAACUGUAGUCAUGUUUCUCAACAUGUCAUCCCUAAUCUGAUUGAGCAGUUCAAGAGACUUGGCUAUCCUAGCACCCAUGAAAUAGAAAAUAUGUCCCAAGAAGCGUAUGCAGAACUUGACGAGAAGAUCUUCGAAGCUUACUGUGAACAGAAGAUAGAUCCGUUGGUUGGAGCUCUGGAAGUAGGGGUCUAUGCUGGCAACUAUGACUGGGGCAACUGCCCUGAACCUAUAGGAGCAAGUCCGUAUGUGAAGGAAGCACUGAUGAAUGCUGUAGCCAUUCACGCUGAGAUCAAUGCCAUAGCUCCUGCCUUCAUGCUUCGCGUGAUGGGGCGUGUCUUAGAAGCCGUAGCGGAUGAGAUGUCACGCAUCAUGAGCUGCGUUACUGGGUCGUUCUGUAGUAAUGGUGCUGUUCAGGCAAGGCUAGAUAUUGGUAUGCUAGAAGAGGCCAUGUCGCCAUACAGGAAUGCAGGAACAAGUGCAUCCUUCAAAGAGGCAUUGUCAGUUGUACCACAAAUCAGGACAGAGUCCCACAAGAGACUUCUCCAAGAACUUCAGGCCAGCUUCCAGCGUGACCUUCAAUUCCUCUUGACCUGUUUCACGACAGACUCCUAAUCGUCAUGGCAGCAAGAUGGCCCCUCUACAAAGGAUAAUCAAACGCUCGGGUCGUACUGAGAUCCAUUCCAGCUUCAUUAGGAAGUCCGUUGUCAUGUUGCCACAAAGAGGAAAUUGAAAUCGAAGCCACAAAUGUAUUUUGUUAUAUUACAUAGGUUAUGUAGAUUCAAAUCAAUGAGAGGUGCUGCACAGCAAGAAAUGUGAGGUUAUCUUUAAGAAAAUGAAGUCUCUGAUCGGAUAAUAUAACAGAUUUUUCCUGGCUGCAGACCUCUUCAAACAUUGUUCUUGUUCAUGAGCUCUCCUGUGAUAUCUGUGAUAACAACACAGACAACCUUGUAUUAUUUGUGUGAGGCCUGGGCCCUACAUGCCCACUGUAGUGAAUGACCUAUGCCCUAGCCUGCGGGUCUUGAUAAAACUCAAGGCUGUGUGAUUUGUUGACAGCAAAACGAUCACAUCAUAGCACUUACCUUUCCUCCCGUCUAUAUAGUCUCGCCACAUCAGCACAUCUUUUGCGAGAUACAUAGUUGCGCGCAUUGCAGGAGCCAUAUCAUCACGUCGUUUUAGUGAGAAUAUUAUGACUCUAAAAGGAUUAUAAAACUAUUUUUCCCAUGUCCCUUCCCAGGCUCUGGAGUAUUGAUACUAUUCUAACUAGAAAUUAUGAAGUUUUGCACUCAAGUAAUUUUGGUUUUAUUAACCAAUAAUUUAUUGAACAGCUCCAAUUUUUUCUUCUGAUUUACCCCUGAGCAAAUGUAUGGUAUAUAGUAGUAUAGAUUCAAAUCCUCCCUUUUUUGCAAGGUCAUUUUAUGGCCCUUGAAAGGAAUGAACAUUUUAAAAAUACUGAUGAUAAUUUAUGAAUUCUUUUUUCCCGUAAGUGAAUGUAUAUAUGGAAUAAAAAGCAUAUCAAUUUCCAGUGAGGAACAAUACGUACAUGUAUUCGCACUGUUGUUUGUCAUGAUCAGCAGACUGUAAAUCUGUCUAUUUAAUCCUGCCAUGGCUAUUAAUUAUCAAGACGUUAAUCUACAUAUGAAUUCAUGAGUAGAGGGUGGAACCAUUAGAGUAGUACAACCUCUGGUAGCCCUGUAUUAUUAUUAUUAUCAUUGUUAUUGUUAUUAUUUGUCUUUUUGGAGAUUGAAAUCCUUGGAUCAAGUUAGUGUGUAUGAAAACAGACUAAGAUCAGUGCAAUUUUUAAAACCAUUGGACAGACAAUAAGAUAAGUUAGGAUUUGUGAUGUCACUGAUUCAAAAAAAAAUCUUUUCUUUUUGCACAUUCUUGUGUUAGUAUACAAAUAGCGGAUAGGCACAAGUGCAAUGGUGCGUGAUUUCGCAUAAGGUGAAAGGAAGAUGCUCUAUUCAACUUGAGGCUAACGCCUCGUUGAAUAGUGUCUUUUUUUCACUGAAUGCGAAAUGUCGCACCAUUGCAAGAAAAAGAAAAUUUGCUCUUUGUGUUGUACAACGCCUCUGAAGUUAGCGAAAAUACAAAUAAUCGAUUUUUCCUACGUUUAUCUAUGAAAAUAAAGAAAAUGUUGAAAGCAAUGCGCAUUCAGCCAGUAAGCCCUACACGCAUUUAAUAAGCGCAUGCAAUGUGUUAAAUCAUAUUUUUAUAGCGUCAUCAACUUUUACUGACCCGUGCAAUGGUACAUUAAGGACGGAACAUUAACCCUAUCUUAACUGGGCUAUUUCAGACCAGUAUGUAUUUGGGGGGGGGGUCAAUUUGACCCCCCCCUCAGAUCUCAUCCGCUGAUCACGUGAUCGCCGCGAAAAUUUGUAUGCGCAUAGAGCCGGAUGUCAGCUAAGUAGGUGUUGUACAAUAAUAUAUUUUAUGGAACCUCUAACUUUUCACCCCCCCCAAAAAAAAAAAAAAAAAAAAAACACCUGAUCUAUGGAAAAGCAUGUCCACACUCAAAUGCUCAAUAUUUGUAUCUCUGAUUUUUCCGUUUUCAUGCAAACUAGUAAACUUGUUCUCAGGAUUUUAUUCUCUAACUCAAUACAUUGUUAUUUUACAUGGUUCUUCAAAGUUCAACUUCAUCAGCAAGUCCAUCCUUACAUCAGUUAGUUUAGAUAAAAGCGGAAAUAUAAGAAAUUUCCUUCAAAAAGAUUCAAAAUAAAAGUGGAUUGCUUGUAAAUAGAACCCAAUAAUUAUAUUUGGCUAAUUUCAAAGUUAUUAUGCAUUAUCCAGUAGGGAAAAUGAGAAACUAUCUAUCCAUGUGCAAUAUUUGUUUUAUUAAAUAAAAAGUAUAUUAUUAUGUCGCCUAUUAAAUAGAAAUAAAUAUUAUGUUGCCUCAAAA